UUCCCAUAAUUGUAGCUAUAAAUAAGAUUGAUAAACCACAUUCCGAUGUUGAUAAAGUGAAGAAAGGUCUUUUAAGCUGUGGUUUACAAGUUGAAGACCUUGGUGGUGAUGUUCAAGCAAUUCCUAUAUCUGCUUUAAAGAAAAUGAAUUUGGAACUUCUUACUGAAGCUAUUUUGACUCAAGCAGAAAUGAUGGAAAUUGGAGGGGAUCCUAAAGGCCUAGUUGAAGGUGUUGUUCUCGAAGCUAGUCUUGACACAGCAAAAGGGAAAGUAUCUACAGCUCUUGUGCAAAGGGGAACAUUAAAGAAAGGAAAACUUCUUGUUGCUGGAACUUCAUGGGCUAAAGUUCGUGCCAUGUAUGAUGAUAGAGGGAAAAGUGUUACAGAUGUGACUCCUGGUAUGCCAGUUCAAAUUUUUGGUUGGAAAAGUUUUCCUAGUGCUGGAGAUGUUAUUUUGGAGGCGGAAUCCGAGAAACAUGCACGCGAAGUUGUAAAAUAUCGUGAAGCUAAAAAGAUGGAAGAAAAAGCUUUUUCUGAUCAAGUAGUUAUUCAAAAGAAGCUGGAUGCUCACUUAGAGAAAUACAGAGCAGAAAGACAAGCACGACUGAUGCAAGGGCGGUAUCGCAAACAGAGGAGUUAUUUCAGAGAGAAAGAAAGCAUUAUAGAUGACAGCCCAUGUCUAGCAUUUGUUUUGAAAGGUGAUGUUCAUGGCUCUGUUGAAGCCAUACUGGAUGUUGUUAAUACCUAUCAGUCUCAUGAUGCUUGUCGUCUUGAUGUUAUACAUAGUGGGGUUGGUAAUCUCACAGAAAAUGAUAUUGAGCUAGCUGAAGCAUUUAAUGGUAUUAUUUAUACUUUCAAUAUUAAUGUGCAGCCUGAUAUGAAGAAAUUAGCUAAUGAAAAAGGUAUUGUUAUAAAACCAUUUAAUGUGAUAUAUCAUCUGAUUGCUGAUAUGAAAACAGAAAUUAGCAGUCGAUUGCCUUUAGUUCAAGAAGAAGAUAUUAUAGGAGAAGCAACAGUUUUACAAGAAUUUAUAAUAAAAGACGGAAAAAAGAAAAUAUCUGUUGCUGGUUGCAAGUGUGUGAAGGGUAUAUUAAAAAGGAACAGUUUGUGUAAAGUUAUUCGAUCUGACAAAGUUAUAUAUAAUGGUCCUGUAGUAUCUUUAAGGCAUGAAAAAUCUGAUGUUGAAACAAUAAACAAAGGCAUAGAAUGUGGAUUGAGAAUCGAAAACCCAGAACUGUCUUUUUUGCCAGGUGAUAACAUCAUUUGUUAUUCACCCAAAGAUGUUGCCCAAGUCACAGAUUGGGAUCCAGGGUUUUGAUAAUCAUGUAGUAUAUCUGUAAAUAUAUAGCUUUAAACAAUUCUAAUUUAUGAAUAAAAUGUUAAAUAUCUG